AGCCGCAUUAACAUCUAUUAGGCAGCUGACGUUAAUUCGUUGAAGUGGUAAUGACCGUGCCACUAGCUAAUGGACGAAGAGAUGAACAGCAGGAAGCAUCUGUUCUGAUUACGGCAAAGUUCUCUCUAGAAAAACAAUGGCAGCAGUGCGCAGACCACGUUAUUCCCUGUGCUGGGAAGAAACCGAGUGCUUGACUUAUUACGGGAUGCUGUCCCUUCAUGAGAUCUUCGAAGUAGUCGGUUCCCAGCUGACGGAGACUGACGUGGAAGUGCUGUCCUUCCUUCUGGACGAGACCUACCCCGGGACGCAUCCCCUCGACCCAGUGGGCUGGACCCCAGAGAUCGCUAGUGGCAACCCCGAAGCGAAUGACGUCGCCUCCCCCAGCCCGAGGCUCCUGGAGGCCUGGCGUCGGCUACAGCCCCGGGGAUCCCCGUGUCCGAUCGCGGCUCGACACAAACGCAAGAGCGGCGUGGAACUGCUCCUCGAACUUGAAAGGCGCGGCUAUCUCAGCGAGGGCAACCUGGAGCCGCUGCUGCAGCUGCUACGAGUGCUGACGCGGCACGACCUCCUGCCCUUCGUCUCCCGCAAGAAAAGGAGGGCCGUGUCUCCAGAACGUUUCGUUGUGGAGAAUGUGGGUGAAGGCGGAAGACAGAGUGGCUCCACUGGACUGACGGACGGCUAUGAACAGACUGACUCUUCACAAAACCAUUUGCCACGGCAGUGGAAGGCAGGUGUUGACCCGUCCGUACCGGCGCCCACCUCCACUCCCCGGAAACGGGGCCGAGGUCGCCGCCGUGCCGGCGUCACGGGCGGCGCCUCCCGCAGGAGGGUGGUGGAACAGCCUGAGACCCCCUCCCAGCCGCAGCAGCCUGAGCAAGAGAAAGUCACAUGCGACAUCAGGCUGCGUGUGCGAGCUGAAUACUCGGAGCAUGAGUCGGCGCUGCGGGGCGGCGUCUCCUCCGACAAGCAGCAGCCGCUGGAGCGGCAGUUCGAGCUCUUCAGCCGCGCCAGCUCCGUGCUGCGGGCCCGCGACCUGGGCUCCAUCAUCUGCGACAUCAAGUUCUCGGAGCUGGGCAACCUGGACGCCUUCUGGGCCGACUACCUGAGCGGCGCCCUGCUGGAGGCCCUCAAGGGCGUCUUCAUCACCGACUCCCUGAAGAGGGCGGCCGGCCACGAGGGCGUGCGGCUGCUGGUCAGCGUGGACCAGGACGACUACGAGGAGGGCAGGAGGCUGUUGCUGGAGAGCCAGGGCAGGGCGGGAUACCGGGCCGGGACCAGGUCCUGACCGGUCUGCGCUGACUGGAGAAUGAAGGAUGAUGAGGAGGAAGGAGAUCCAGCCUGGAGCCCUUCGUCCUCUCUUGAGCUUUCUCUCUCCAUUUUGAAGGCAUGGCCUUUCUGAGGCCGGAUGCAAAGGACCCCCCAGAAGCACCAAGCUUGAGACGCAGACGAAACUUGAUGAAAGACUGAACGCGCAAAACCUCUCUGUGCAAAACACACACA